AUGGCCGCAAAGGGACUUCAGAUUAGUGCUGUCCAGAUUGCAAGCACUGAAGGAACAGAGGAAGAGGAGCGAACCGUCCUGAUGCUACAGCCCUUUGAGUCUCCAACUCAACAGAAUGAGACGGAUGAGAGCCAGCCGCAGCCGCAGCCACAUUUCAUCGCCUCGUUGCAGAGGCUGAGAGCGGAUGCUGCACCCUUCGUCGCCACGUUGCAAGAGGUGGUCGACCACAAUCUGCGGCUGCGUAUGCUUGCACCUUCGAGAGCUCUUGGAGGGGUGCGGGGCGACCAGAUACCUGGCUUGCUUUCGAUACCCUCCUCUGACAAUGGAGCUCGGCUGACAGAGGAAGCACUGAGCUUCAAAUUGGCCGCGUCGCAAAACGAAGUCCUGUUUUCUCGCGGUUUCCUCACAGACAUUGCCGCGAACGAUGCCAGAAAUAUGAUUGCUGGCUUCUCCAAAGUGCCUGAAGGUGUUUUGCCCGAAGAUCUGCGUCGGCAGCUGACCACAGAAUCGCCCGAGCUGGCAGAGACAGUGCUGCAGCACGUGCGCAGGGGUGGAUGGAAACGCAGCACCCCCUCGACCUUGCCGCAGGAGGGUUCAGAGGAUGCGGUGAAGAAGUACAUGACUGCCAAGCGCCAGCAGAUGCAGUUAGAUUUGUUGGCAGCGGCCCUGAUUUACAUUUCGCACAAUUCUGGGCUUGGAUUUUGA